AGUUUCAGCGAGUCGUUCGAUCGAACUUAUUCCAUACUCUAUUAGUAAUAGAAAAGCAAUUCAACAAGUCAUCGACAUGUCCGGUGAAGGAGAAAAAACUUAUACGCGUGCCGAAGUUGCCCAACACAAUACCAACAAGGAUACAUGGCUGCUAAUUCACAAUACUGUUUACGAUGUCACAGCAUUCCUGAACGAGCAUCCCGGCGGUGAAGAGGUGCUGAUCGAGCAGGCGGGCAAAGAUGCCACCGAGAACUUUGAGGAUGUUGGCCACAGCCACGACGCGCGCGACAUGAUGAAGAAGUACAAAAUCGGCGAACUGGUUGCCCACGAGCGCACGAAAGUUGCCCAGAAAUCGGAACCCACCUGGAGCACAGACACACAGAACGAGGAGAGUUCGUUGAAAUCGUGGAUAGUGCCACUGGUUCUCUGUCUGGUUGCUACGUUCUUUUACAAAUUCUACUUUGGCAAUGCUAAGCAGCAAUAAAGUCAAUAAAUAA